GAUAACACAUUGCAGGAAACCGCCGCUUUGGACGCACGGCACCAGAACACAGUGGAGGCGCUUCGACAACAGUGUGAGCAGGAGAAGCAGCAGAUGAGGCAAGGGCACGCAGACGAGAUGCAGCACCGCCUCGAGAAACUCUGCGCAGAUCUUGCCAGAGAGCACUCGGAACAGCUGGCCAAGCUCAGGGAAACAGCCGAAGCCGAAAAGGCAGCGCUUCUGCUGGAGUGCCAAAAUGCAGAAGUACAGUCGUCAGCCUGCAACACGUGGCAACAGAUGGCAAACAGGGACAGCAGUGUGCCGGGCAGUAGCGGUGGCAAGGCCGCUCAGCUGUUGACCCAGGAAGAGAUCCACAGCCUGGUCAGUCGUCGCAUCACGGAGGAGGUGACUCGACUGUGCAGGAUGCACGAGGCAGAGGUGGCCGAGCUGAAAAAGGCUGUGGAAAGGCAGUGGGGCAGUGAGCGCCGGGUCGGGACAUCAGCGCCGGAAGGCUCCGCUGCCAAAGAGGUGAGCACUUCAACUGAGGCGAAAGACGUGCAACGUCUGCAGCAAGAACACCAGGCAGAGAUUGCACACCUGCGUGCCGAGAUGGCCAGAAUUCUUCAAGAGAAGGAAGAGGUGCUGACAGCGCGGGCAGACCAGCGCCUGCUGUCUACGGAGGCGGGCUUCCAGCGGGAGCGGGACGAGCUUUCGGAAGCUCUGCGGAAGGCUCAGGCAGAGGCGACACAGCAAGAUGCUGCUCACCGAGAGCAGCUGCGUAGGAUGGAGGCGACCCUGCGAGCACAGCUGGAGACGGAGAAGGGGUGCCUCGCACUGCAGCAGGAGCAGCUGAUCUGGCGGCUGCGGGAGGAGCACACGCAGCAGUUGCAGGCCCUUCGUGCAGAGCAGCUGCGGGAAGUAGAGACCCUCCGGGAGGAGCUAGACCGAACCAAGCUGAAGCUGCGGGCCCACAAGAUGGCUACCAUGCUGCGUUCUCGUGGCAGCACACCACCUUCAGACAAUGGAAGCACUGCUUCGAGCUUGGCUUCAGCCAGCACACUGGACGAAAGCAACUCUCAGGAUUCCAUGGUGUCGCCGGCUCUUCGUGACCUGCUAGGAAAGAUAUAUCGCGAGGGACUACAUGUGCUGUCCCUGACAGAACGGCAGUUGCUGCAGCGACACUUGACACCAUCACCUGAACGCAGUGGCAACACAACCGCAGCAUCCGACCACUCUACAGCCACUGUCAAAGCAGUUGCUCCAGCCUCGGAAAAUGACGCUCAGCAGUUGCAAGAAGCACUGAAACAGGAACUCCUGGCUCACAAAAAGGCACUCGAUGAACUCCAGGAGCAAAUGGACCUCGCCAGGAAUCAGCAUGACCAGAAGGAGCUAAAAUUCAAGGCCAAAGUGGAUACGCUGGAGGGUCAGCUUCGGCAGGAACGGUCACGGGCAGAAGAGCUCAAGCAACGGCUGGACACAGAGCAGGCCAAGACACUGGAGCUGCUCACGCAGCUCAAUAGCCAACGGUCCUCGUGUCUGGAACUGGAGAUGGCACUGGCCAAUUGCCGGUCCGACCUUGCCGAUGCUAAUCGCCAAAUACUUGCCCUCAAGCAAGAAGUCCUCCAUUGCAAGAGCUCCCUGGAGGUCGAGAAACUUCAUGCACAGAACAUGUUGAAUGCUGUCAACGCUGAGCGGGCUCACUUCAACCAGCUACAAGCCACUUUGGAGCUGGAGCGACGCCGUGGAGCCAUGACUCGCGAGCAGGACCAACAGCUCAUUCAUGAGCUCAGAGCAGGACCCUCAUCCCUUCCAUCCACACCAGCACGGCACACACAGAUGAGCGAGAUUGAGAAGAUGCGUGGGGGUCCUCUGUCAAGCACUGCUCACUUGGACAACUCGCUGCUUUGUGAAGGAGACAACGUGGGCACUCGCGGCGGUGGCCACUACCUGUGUGCACGAGAGAAGCUGACAUUGAGCCAGUCUCUGCUGAAAGCAGAGGAGGAGAUAUCAAGACUAAGGCAGCUCACCCUUAGCCAGGACCUGUUACUUGGCCAGACAGCAGCAGAUGGCAACCUGUCACCUGCCAUCUGUCGUCUGCUUCACAAGCUGUACUGGAAGUACCGCAAAGCAGAGAGCUGGCGCAAGGGCCUCAUCUACCAGAAGCAGUACUUGCUCAGCCUCCUUCAGGGCUUCCAGGCGACUGAGGAUGUGGCUUUGCGGAUGCUAUUGGGCUCCAGACGUCGACCUCCCCCUUCGCCUCCACCCCUUCACCACAUCGAUGGAAUAGGGACUUCUAGCGAAGAUGACGGGCGCCCAAGGCAGCAGGGUUUCCGUCUGCACUCUUCCGACUCCUCUGGCGGUCGCCACUUCCAGCACUUGCUGGCUUACCAGUCAAGGGGUCACCAAGACUCGGUGGACGAUGCUCCAUUGCCUUCGGGAUCAUCCUCGCAUUCAUCAGCUGAUGGGUCUUCGGGCAUAGCAUCAUCGCCGCCUAUGCCCGCACGAUUCCGAUUCCGGUCAGCAGUGCAGGCUGUGGUAGCACUGCAUCGCAUGCAACAUCUGGUGCACAAGUGGCGGUUGGCGGCAUGCGUGCCUCCGACGCCUGUACUUCUGCACAAGGUGGAGCUGGCAGUGCGAUCAGUGCCACACGGUGGCACUUGGAGGCUAGGAGCGUCCACCAGUUCAGGCCUCUCUAUGGUCACGGCACGGUCAUCGCAGUCCUCACUGGUUUCGGCUAACACAAGCCAAGCAUCAGCAGCGACGGUGCUGUGCCACAGGUUGCCACAGCCACCGUCACCCAGGACCCCAUCACGGCCUUCCCAGAGUCAGCCUGCAAGCAUGAGGGAAUUUGUGGAGAGGCUGGACAGUUUGCACAAGCAGUUCGGCCUCAGUGAUGACCAGCAUUGCUGACACACCGCCACUGGGUGGAAGGUGUUGACGACAGUGUUGGACAGUGUUCACAGUACUUCAUUGUACCCCCCAGCAAGAAUGCAUCAACGCACAGACAAGGGAUUGAGUAGCUUUUUGGAAAGCUGCUCCUUGGGAUCGUGUAGAUAACUAGCAUGUUCAGAGUAGUUUUUGCAUUGCUGUUAAAAAGGACUGCUAUGUUUUCUACUUUUUCACUACCAAGGAGGGUAAUCUAUGCAAGCAGUAAAGAAAGGUUUAUUUAUGCUCUAACUGACGCCUUCUGGUGUAGGCAUGCUCAGCACUCUUCUAGUCUUGACUGAGUGUUGGGGGACGCAUAGUGAAAUGCAUCCUUUUGGUAAA